AUGUUCCUCAGCUACUGUACAUUUCCCUGUGUUCAACUUCUACUUACCCAGGCUGACUUGAGCAGUGGAAUCCCUUUCACAGUCCAGGACGACACUCCACAAUCAUGGCACAAUCCUGCGACAAAUGUUACCCACCAGCCAAAUCAACAGAGCUCAUCUUGUACAGCCGCAGGGACCGGCUCAUCACAAUUUUGGUACGAAAAGAUAGCCCACAACGGCCAAUCCUCGUUUCUGAGCACGGACGUGAAGAAGAACUACCCAGUCUUUCGUAAUGUGGUCAAAGAUUUCGGCGCCGAUAACACCGGCCAAAAUGACGCAGCUGGUGCUAUUCAAAAUGCUAUCGAAGCGGGGGCAUCCAACGGUCCCAAGCGCAAUGCUCGGAGCAUGGGCACAACUGGUCAACCAGCAAUCGUGUAUCUUCCCAGCGGCACCUACCUGAUGAAAAGCAGUUUGCAGUUUUUCGUGGGUACUGUCCUGGUUGGGGACCCGACAAAUCCACCGGUCUUGAAAGCAGCACCGGAUUUCCGCGAUGACCAUAUUAUUUUCGGGAAAGACCCCAAUGUCGAGGGCACAAACAACUUCUAUAUCGGACUCAAGAAUGUGAUUCUGGAUUCGACCAGUGUCGAUACAGCACGAACCAUCGCGCUGGUUGACUGGACAGUGAGUCAGGCGACGCAAUUGACUAAUGUGGUGUUCAACAUGCCCACUGGUUCCAAUGCACACGUCGGGCUGACCACUCAGUACGACUACAACAGUAACAUUAUUGUGAAUGACCUGCGCUUCAAUGGGGGCGCUAUUGGGAUGAAACUCAGUGGACAACAAUGGGUUUUUAAGAACCUCACUUUUAGUGGGACGACCACCGGCGUGGUAGCUGGAGGGACGAACAUUGUGUUCCUCGGAUGCCGGUUCGAAAACGGGAAUGUUGGGAUAGACGCCAAUGGUACAUCCGGAUCCCUGAUCAUCAUCGACUCGAAGGGAUCCGGGUUGAACUCAUUAGUCGUAUCUGGCAACUCCGGGGGCGCUGGAAAUGCGAUCAUCCUGGAAAAUGUCGAGAAUUCUGGCACCACUGUCAGCUUGGGGAACAAUCCAGUGCUUAGUGGAAAUAUGCCGGAUACUUGGGUGCAUGGCAACUUGUACUCCGCUGGCAACACCAAUAAAAACCACGUGGAAGGCCAAACUGUGGUGACCAAACGAGUAGCCGACCUUCUGGUGGGUGGGAAGAACUAUUUCAUAAUGCCUCCGCCGACAUACAGCGAAUUUUCUGCUCAACAAGUCCUGAAUAUCAAAACAGUUUCUGAUAAACCGGUAUAUGGCGAUGGCGUGACCGAUGACACAAAGAAUAUCAACGACAUUCUGGCUCAGAAUCGUGACUGCAAAGUUAUUUACUUUCCGGCCGGCACGUACAUCGUCACGGACACCAUCUUCGUUCCUGCUAACAUUCGCAUUGUUGGGGACGCUUAUGCCUCGGCCAUCAGUGCGUCCGGCAGCAAGUUCACUGAUAUUAAUGCAGUCCGCCCUAUGGUUCGCUUCGGGUAUCCGGGGGAUGUCGGAGUACUCCAUGUGAGCGAUAUGCUGUUUACAGUAGCUGAUGUGUUGCCUGGAUGCCAAGUGGUGGAAGUGAAUAUUGCGGGCAAUAGCCAAGGGGACGUCGGGUUCUGGAAUACCCAUUUUCGCAUUGGGGGUGCUGCAGGCAGCUUGGUCGAGACCAAAUGUCAAGGAAGUCCGGCAGACUGCAGAGCGGCAUGGGGACUGCUGCGUCUCACCAGCACAUCGUCAGCCUACGUCGAGAACAUGUGGGGCUGGACAGCAGACCAUGACCUCGACGGCAGCAGGGCUCAGACCAUCGCAACCGGCCGCGGCCUGCUGGUAGAAGCGAACAAAGCCACAUGGCUGGUGGGCACGGGCUUUGAGCACAACACUCUGUACCAGUACAACUUCCAACGCGCGCGCAAUGUCUUCUCAGCUCUCCAGCAAAGCGAAUCGCCGUACUGGCAAGGACCGGGUAACCUCCUUGCUCCGGCGCCAUGGGAUCAGAGUCUCAUCGCAAGCGAUCCGGACUACUCUGAAUGCGCUGCCAACGAUGCAACAUGCCGAAUGGCGCUGUUCGAGCUAAUUCGCAGCUCAUCCAAUCUCUUCCUGUAUGGCGGCUGCAACUGGGUGUUCUUCAAUAACAAACAAUCCUGCCAGGGAGACUGUCAGCAGAACGCAAUUCGCAUCGUGGAUUCCUCUUCGCUGUAUCUAUACGGGACGAACACCAAAAGCACCACGAACAUGGUGCUCAAUGGCAAUACACCCAUAGCAAAGCAGAGUGACAAUGCCGGUGGAUGGGGAGGAGUUAUUGCGGCGUAUCUGUACAAUUCAUGA